AUGUCUGAACAAACAAUGCAACAACAACAACCAUCGGAACAACCAAAUUUAUCAAUCAUUCCACAAAUUCAUGUGAAUGCUGAUGAAUCUAUUCUGAAUAAUAAUAAUAAUAAUACUAAUUCAACGUCAUCACCUUCAACACAAGCGACAACACCAGCUGCAACAUCACCAAUCACCAUGAAUCAAGAUCAACAUGAAUGUUUGCAUUCAAGAGAACGACGUCAUGAUCGUAAUGUCUCAUUUCGACAUAGACGACAACAAGAUUUAUCACCACGUUUUGAAGAUGAUCGUAAUAUUAUUUAUUUAAAUGAUGCAACUAGUCGAUAUUAUCGUUCACAAAAUCAAUUAAAUGAUCCAUCUGGAUAUUUAUUUCAACGUAGUGCUAGUGCUAGAAAUAUUCGUCUACGAUCAGGCAUAAGUCAUAAUCAUUUACAUCAUCAACUUAAUUUACAUGUUGAUGAUCGUUUAACCAAUCAAAUUCGUCGAUCAUUUCAAGAUAGAACCAAUGGUUUAAGUCAAGACACAUUGAUUGAACGUCAAAAUUUAGUUUUAGUACCAAUGUAUGGUUUGUUACGUCCUAGACGUUCAAGAAAUCGAUCGCAUAGAUUAUCAGCUGAUUUAGAAAAUUCACAACGUCGUCAAACGGAACUUAUUGAUGUAUCCACUUGUCGUAAUCUCAAUAAUUCACUUUCUACAUCACCAUUAAAUGAAGACACUGUAGAUCGACCGAUUAUAUUUACAAAUCCAACAGGCAGAAAUCAUCAUCAUCAUCACCAUCCGCAACAACCACAACAACCGCAAGCGUUGUCUUUGAAUACAGCACAAACUUUAUCGUUACGUUCACCGAAUGAAACCGACCUAAAUGAACAUAAUUCACCAAGUAGUACUCGAUCUCAAUCACGAAUUAAUCCAAUUCAACCAUCCACAAGAGUAACAACACAAGCUGUUCAAACAAGAGGUUUAUAUCAAGGUCAAUUAAGACGUGUUCAAAAUGAAUCAAUUAUUGCACAAAAUCGUCAUUCAGAUGAAUCUGAUGCAUUAGUAAUGAAUAUUGCUUCUUCGAAUACAAAUCGUCUUAGUACAAUGCAACAAUGUGACAAUGGCAGUACAAAUUUAAACAAUACUAAUAAUAGUAAUCGAGAUAGAGAAAUCUAUGUAUUACGUAAUAAUAAUAAUAAUACUAAUCAGCAGCCAUCAUCCUCCAAUCAACCUUAUCCAUUAUUAUCUACCACUGUUGAUAAUGCUAGUAUGACUACUACUAGUAUUAGUGAUGCUAGUAGUAUUGAAGAUUUACAUGUCACAGAAAUUGUAGCUAAUAGUAGUUAUACUGACACAGUAAUACAUCGUCCUAAAUUAUAUGAAGGUGGGAAUAAUUCAGAAACUGAGAAAUUACUAAAACGUCAAGAUGUGAAAUAUGCAGAGAAGAGAACUGAUUCAACGGAUUGGCGGGCUAAUUUAAUUGGUAGUCGUCAAUUAUGGCGUGAAAUGUUAAUCACUGAACGUUUUGCUGAUGUAUGGUUUAUAGUUGGCGGUGAAGAUAUUUUAGGCAAUAAUGGUACACUUAGUUUAUAUUCAAGUGAUUCUAGUGCACCAGGUGGUCCAACAAGUCAAUUAAAUUGUUGUUCAACUACAAAACAAUUAUUCAAUAUUUCUUCAACACGUACUACAAAUUAUACAAAUAGUUUUAAUAAAUCACGAUUAAUAUGUAACAAUAAUAAUGAGAAUAAUAAUAAUAAUAAUAACAGCAAUGGUAAUGGUAGUAGUAAUCCACCUACGACAGUUACCAUUACUGCACGUACUACUACUACUACUAAUACCACUAGUAGUACUACUUCUUCGACUACUGCCAAUAAUAAUAAUAAUAAUAAUAGUAAUCAUCCUACAGAUAAUAUAUUAUUACAUUCAAAAUGUACUAACUCUGAUCAAGAGAAUAAUACCAUAGAUGAUGCAACAGAUUUGAAUUCAGACAGUGAACAUCUGUCUUGUCAUUCUGAUCAUAUUAAUACUACAGAUACAAAUAAAUCAACAACAUUAACUAGUCAAUCAACAAAUUGUCAUUCACAAAUGAUUCGUUUGAAAGAUGAGAAAAAUUCAAUAAAAAUGAAUCAUGUUAAUGUCAAUAAGUCAAUGAUACAUCAUCAGUUGAAUGCAACACAACCACUAAAUGAUGUCAAUGAACCGGGGGCAUUAACUAAUAAUAAUGAAACAGAACCGCUUGUAUGGCGUUUUGCUGCACAUCGUUUAAUUCUAGCUGCUGCUUCACCAGUCUUUGAAGCAAUGUUCUAUGGACCAAUGGCUGAUUGUGAAAAUAAAAAUUUAGAAAAUCGUCGAGAAUAUCAUAUACCUGAUAUACAUCCAAAAGCAUUUCAAAUUAUGUUAUCCUAUAUUUAUAGUGAUGAAUUAUUAUUUGAAAAUGAUAUCAAUUUAUUAUUCUAUGUAUUGUAUGCAACGAAAAAAUAUAUUCUACCACGUUUAACACAAAUUUGUGUUGAAUCAUUAAAAGAUUUAAUUACAGCUGAAAAUGUUUGUAUGAUGUUGGAUCGUAGUAUAUUUUUUGAUGAAGUUGAUUUAACACGUCGUUGUUGGCAUGUCAUUGAUGUUUUGGCACCGGAUGUACUAAGUUCCCAAGGUUUAUUAACAUUAAAUGCCAACUGUUUACAUGAUUUAGUCAGUCGUAAUACAUUGAAUUGUCAAGAAUCCGAAGUGUUUGCAGCUGUUGGACGUUGGGCCGGGGCAGAAUGUAAUCGAUUGGGUAUAAGAGAUGUUGUAUCGAAUCGUGUUCAAGUUGCUGCUAAUAUUUUACCAUUAAUACGAUUUCCAACAAUGACAUUAAGUGAUUUUGCUGAGAAUGUUGCUUAUUCCGGAUAUCUUUCAUUGGAAAUGGUACGUGAUUUAUUUGUUUAUAUUACAACAAAUAAAUUAACUACACAAAAUAAAGAUUUGCAAUCAUCAUCAACACGUCGAUCAAAUUCAUUAGCAGUGAAAAAACCUAUUCAUCCUAAUGAAUCAUUGGUUGUCAAUGAACCAAGCGUGACAAAUCCUUCGGAUACUUCGAAUUCCUUGCAUUUACCAUUACAAUCUACACAAAUUUCAAAUAAUAAUAAUAACAGUAAUUCAUUAUUACCAGAUUCUGGACCAUUUCCACGUGAACCAAGAAUAGGACCGAAACUAUGGCGUUGUUGUCGAUUUAAACGAAUUCGUAAAGAUUUAUUAUCACUGACUACAUCAACACAUCAUCGGCAUACAAUUAGUUUUUCUGUAUCUGCAUCAAUAUUUAUUGCCGGUGUCGGAAUCUAUGGUUCAACACAAGUUGGUGAUACACGUACAGUUCAAUUGGAAUUAAGAUCAGGCAAUGGAAGUGUACCGUUACAUUCACCAGUUCAUAUAACAUCACCACCGCCACCACCACAACCACCACGUGGUACUUACAUGUCCGAUAGAAUGUAUUUUUCACAUGCUUCAAGAAGUACAAGUGAUCUAACUAGUUUGAAUGCAUCCACUCGUUUAUUUAAUCAUAACAAUAAUACUACUAAUACUACCAAUAAUAGUAAUAAUAAUCGUGUAGGUUAUUCAAAUAAUUGGGAUAUUUCAACUGGUUUAUCAAGAUUAGAUGAAACUGAUUCACCAUCGAAUAUUCUAUUUCAAUCAUCAUCAAAUCAUCUUUCUAAUAAAAAACGUUCAACUAAAUGUCUCGCUAGUAAAAAAAUUCUAUUACAAUCAGAUGGAACAAAUCGUGUUUAUGAUAUACGAUUUGAAUGUCCUGUCAAGUUAGUGAAAAAUCGAAGAUACUAUUUAAGUUUAAACACUUCCAAUGGUGAUCAUAAUAAACCAGUUUCAAUGUCAACAUCAUCUACAGCUAUCAAUUCAUCAACAUCAUAUAUUGGUUUUUAUGGUGGCACCGAAAUUAUGAUUCAUUGUCCAUCAGAAGAAACACUGAGAACAAGACAAGACAAUGAAACAACAACCAAUGUCAAUAACACCAAUAAGAAAUGUUCAUCAUCCAGUAAUAUUAGAAAGAAACGUACAACUGAUACACAUAAACUAAGUUUUAUAACUAAUAAUAAUUUCAAUGAUAAUCAUGUUUAUUUAACAGGAGGUAAUAAUGAAACAGUUGUAUUCAAUUUUCAUGAUAGUUGGGAUGGUUUAGAGAAUGGUAAUGUCGAUAGAGGAUUAAUACCGGAUUUGUUAUUUUAUACUUGUUUUUAAUGAAAAAGAAAAUUAAAAUUUAAAUCAACUCAUAUCUAUCUACAUAAAAAUUCAUAUUUUCUUAUCAUGUACAUUAUUAUUGCCUCGUUUUUUUUCAUCAUGAUUCAACUAACUGACAUAAAGAGAAAUUUAUGAAUUGAAUGAAUGAAUGCAUGUUUAAACUUUUCCCAUUUUAUUUUUUGGCUUUUUACAUUUAUUACAUUUUAUAUUAUGCUCUGAAUUCAUAUGAAAUAAAAGACUAUUUUUAUUUUAUUGCUUAAUA